CAGCAGAAUGUCUCAGGCAGCGUUUGAGAAGGCAGCAGAGGAGGUGAAGCAGCUGAAAACUACCCCCACAGAUGAGGAAAUGCUAGAGACGUAUGCCCUGUACAAGCAGGCCACCGUUGGGGAUGUAAAUACAGACCGGCCUGGAAUGUUGGACUUCAAAGGCAAAGCCAAGUGGGAUGCUUGGAACAAGAAGAAAGGAACCAGCAAGGAGGAUGCCAUGGCCCAGUAUGUGGAGUUAGUUGAAAAGCUAAAGGGCAAAUACUGAUGCUAACUCAUCCCAGCAUGCUUCUGUGCCCAGACUGCAUGUUGCCCUUUGUGUGCUGCAGGGGGCACUGAAUAACCGUUCUUUUUGUAUAUUUCAUACAUCAGCUGCGCAGUAACAAUAAAACUACUCUGUUCCUUUC